UCAUCCAUGCCAACUAUAAAAAUGGAGGUAAAGAUUAGGACAAUGAAGUUGUAACAACAUAUUUUUUAAGGGUGAAAAAUGGCAAGACCACAUGUAUUAGCCAUACCAUAUCCAGCGCAAGGCCAUGUGAUUCCCUUGAUGGAGCUUGCCCAAUGCUUAGCAAAUAAUGGCAUAAAAGUCACAUUUGUCAACACAGAUUUCAACCACGAGAGAAUUCUGAAGGCUCUGUCGCAUACUGAAAACAUAAACGAGCUGAUCAAUCUGGCUUCGAUCCCAGAUGGAUUAGCACCCAACGAGGAUCGAAAUGACUUGGGAAAGUUAACAGAUGCAAUGAUGAGGGUCAUGCCUGAGAAACUCGAGGCUCUCAUUGAAUCAAUCAACGCAACAGAGAGUGACAAAAUCAUCUGUGUUAUUACAGAUUAUGGCUUGGGUUGGGCAUUAGAUUUGGCAAACAAACUCGGAAUCAAGAGAGCGGCCUUCGUGCCAGCAUCUGUUGGACUGUUGGCUUUGGCAAUCAAUGUCCUGAAACUGGUCGAUGAAGGAAUCAUCGACAGUAAUGGAACACCUGUGAAGCAACAGGUGAUUCAGCUUUCACCAGACAUGCCUGCGAUGAGUACACUAGGCUUUGCAUGGAUGUGCAUCGGCGAUUUCACUGCGCAGAAAAUUAUAUUUAAUUCGAUAUUAAAGAACAUCGAAUUGGCUAAACUGGCAGAUUGGGUAAUUUGCAAUUCAUCUCAUGAAUUGGAGCGUGGGGCACUCGCAGUGGUUCCUAAUUGCGUGCCAGUAGGCCCUCUUCUCGCCAGCAACCGUCUCGGAAAAUCAGCUGGAUAUUUCUGGCUGGAAGAUUCCGCCAGCCUGGCAUGGCUCGAUCAACAGCCGCCCAACUCCACCAUAUAUGUUGCGUUUGGGAGCUUCACAGUUUUUGAUCAAACACAAUUUCAAGAACUGGCUACGGGGCUCGAACUUACCCAAAGGCCGUUUCUAUGGGUUGUAAGACAAGAUAUGACUCUGGACAACGAUAAGGCUUAUCCGAAAGGAUUCAAAGAAAGAGUGAAGCAUCGGGGGAAAGUGGUGAAUUGGGCACCUCAACAGAAGGUGUUAUCUCACCCUUCUGUUGCUUGUUUUCUGAGCCAUUGCGGAUGGAAUUCAACAGUCGAGGGUAUAAGCAACGGACUCCCUUUCCUGUGCUGGCCCUACUUUGCAGACCAGUUUCUCAACCAGAGCUACAUUUGUGAAUAUUGGAAGAUUGGGCUAAGUUUGGAUAAAGAUGAAAAUGGAAUCAUUGUACAUGAAGAGAUUAGGAAGAAGGUGGAGCUUCUCCUGACUGAUAAAAGCUACAAGGAUAGAGCCUCGAAUCUUCAAUCGAAGGCCGUGUCUAGUGUCACAAAAGGAGGUUGUUCACAGAAGAAUUUCAAUAAUUUCGUAGCUUGGAUCAAGGAAACCUAAAGUUAGUAUUAAU